GGACACCAUGUGGAGUGGGAUUCGAAGAUCUUCAACUACCUCAAGUAUGAGGUUCUGCGCUUCCUGCUCUCCAACGUGAAAUGGUGGCUCGAGGAAUACCAGUUUGAUGGCUUCCGGUUCGAUGGGAUCACUUCGAUGCUGUACCAGUCACACGGCAUCGGGAAGGGCUACACUGGUGGCUACCACGAAUAUUUCGGACCAGAUGCUGACAUAGACAGUCACAUUUACCUGAUGCUGGCAAAUGACUUGAUCCAUCGCGUCGUUCCCUCGGCUGUGACUGUCGGUGAGGACGUGAGUGGCAUGCCGACCCUAUGCCUGCCCGUGGAAUGGGGUGGCUUCGGAUUCGACUAUCGACUGGCCAUGGCCAUUCCAGACCUGUUCAUCAAGUACUUGAAGGAGUCCACCGACGACCAAUGGGGCAUGGCGCACUUGGUCCACACGUUGACGAACCGCAGAUAUAUGGAGAAGGUCAUUGCCUACUGUGAGUCGCACGAUCAGGCGAUUGUCGGAGACAAGACGCUUGCCUUCUGGCUGAUGGAUGCCGAAAUGUACACUGGUAUGAGCGUCGUCACAAGUCCGUUCCACUCGAUGUGUAUCGAUCGUGGACUUGCGCUGCACAAAAUGAUGCGGCUUCUGGUUCUGGGCCUGGGCGGGGAGGGCUACCUGAAUUUCAUGGGCAACGAGUUCGGGCAUCCUGAGUGGAUUGACUUCCCGCGCCCUGAGAAUGGGUGGAGCCACCAUCACUGUCGACGGCGUUGGGACCUCGCGGAAGAUGAGAAUCUAAGGUAUAAGUUCUUCCAGAGCUUUGAGGAGCUCAUGCAGGCCUGCGAGAACCGUUUCAAGUUCGUCAACGCGCAUCACCAGUACGUGAGCAAGAAGGACGAGAUGGACAAGGUUAUCGUUUUUGAGCGGGGCGAUCUUGUUUUCGCCUUCAACUUCCAUCCAUGCAACAGCUACGAGGGCUACCAGAUCGGAACACACUGCGAUGAGCCCAUGCGCUGCGUGCUCGACACUGACGAGGGACGAUUUGGCGGCCACAUGCGUUUGGAAUACGGUCAUGGGAACCCUUUUCCGCCCCUGCAUGGGCUGGACCGCCGCCCGCACUCGGUGAAGCUUUACAUGCCCUCCCGCACAGCACAGGUGCUCUGUAGGGAAAGUCUGCUCAGAGGCGGAGUGCAUGUAUACGUUGAAGAGAGCUUCCUGGGACAGUACGACCUGGACACAACCGAAGGGCUCAAACUGUCUUUGCUGAUCCAUAGGGACGGCGUUGAGGAGAUGCUGGACUUUGACUUUGGUGAGGAUGGCGCGGUUCAUCUCAACGAGAACUUUGAUGCAACCUUUGACAUCGUCACUGCCGAUAACUGCAUUUUACCCUGCAAGGCGUCAAAGGACACGAAAUUCCGAAUAUAUUUUCCGGGGGAAUAUACAGUGGCUCAUCUGGGCUACUUGAGGAAUGGCCGGCCUGAGGAUGCCCUCCCGCCACCAGAGGAAAUACCCCCAGAGGAGCCAAAGCCUGAGCCAACGCCCGCCCCCACGCCUGCACCAAAGCCCGCUCCAGAGCCAGUACGGCAGCCUGCCCCACAGCCUGCCCCGCAGCCAGCGCCCCAGCCAGCGCCUCAGCCAGCGCCCGAGCCGGUGUCUCAGCAUCAUGCUACCCCGCAGAACCCCUCGCCCAAGCCAAUGACCGCUGCUGAACGGCUCGGCGGCUACAAGAAGACCCAAGCUCCCCCAGCUGCAGCCCCUGCCCCCAAACCCGCCCCGGCUCCCGCGCCGGCUCCUGCCCCUGCUCCAGCACCUGCUCCAGCACCUGCCCCGGUAUACGUGGAGCCGGAGCCACAGGAGGAAGAGAAGCCGAAGUCCUCGGAAGAGGCAGGGGUGGAUGUCCGCGAUAUGACGCGGUGCUACUCUGGUCUUCACUUCAUGGAUUUGGAAGCCCUGGACCAAGCUCUUGCGGAAACGCACGAGCAGGUCUCCGACCUUCAGCAGCUGGCGGCCUUUCAAGAAUCUUUGGAUGCCUGUGGUGGCGACCUAACCAAGCUGGCUGAAAGCUACAAGACUUUCGGCCUCCAGCGGGAUGGGUCUGAAUGGACAUACUGCGAGUGGAUGCCCUUCGCCUCUGCUGUCUCCCUGGUUGGGGAUUUCAAUGGCUGGGACGUCAACGCCACGCCAUUGACCGAGGAAAAGGGCUUGAAGUCAUUGUAG